UUCAUCACUGCAGUAUAUUCCAAUUCUAGUUAAAUAUAUUGGAAAUUAUCUCGGUUCAAUUCUCGAUAAAGAUCAUAAACACAAUGAGCGACAGUCGCCGCAAUAAUGCAACAGAAUUCAGUUACAUCCUCCAAAGACAGGGAAGCGAUGUUUCGGGAAGUGAAACUCAUGCAUUUGAUGACAUCAAUAAUCUCAUGGAGGCAAAGCAACCAACCAUACACCAACAGCGACCAAAUUCCGAUGCAGAAGGACAACAUAAUGAGUCGUCGACGACAUUAGGGGGAGACGCACUGUCCUCACUUCCUCAAGCGUCAUUCAACUAUAUAAAUUCCAUUGUCGGCAGCGGCGUCAUUGGCAUUCCAUAUGCACUUCAUCGCGCUGGCUUUGUACUGGGUUUGAUUCUGCUGAUAUUGAUUGCUUACAUCACGGAUUACUCACUCAUUUUAAUGGUAAGAUGCGGGCAUAUAUGCGGAAGAUUUAGUUACCCAGGUAUUAUGGAAGCGGCUUACGGUAAAUAUGGAUACUACCUUCUAUCGAUAUUACAAUUCAUGUAUCCAUUUCUGGCUAUGAUUUCCUACAAUGUUGUCGUAGGUGAUACUCUGUCUAAAGUGCUAGUACGGUUUUUUCCGUCUUGGGGUACGUCCAUGCGUGUUGUACGGCUGGGAGUUGUAUUCUUCGUUACAAUUGGCGUUGUAGUACCGUUAUGUCUAUACAAAAACGUUUCUCGAUUAGCCCGUGCCAGUUUUAUUAGUUUGGCGUGCGUUGUGUUCAUUUUGUUUGCCGUAAUUGUAAAGUUGUUGUCGGGUGAUUAUACUGUCGCCGAUUCCCCAGAAUCUUGGAGAUUUUCCAACAUUGAUUUAAUUCCAGCAACGGGCAUUAUGGUUUUUGCAUUUAUGUGCCACCAUAAUACGUUUUUGGUUUAUCAGUCCAUGAGAAAUGCUACACUUGAGCGGUGGGAGAAAGUCACGCACAUUUCAAUUGGAUUUGCUUUAGCAGUAGCAGCUCUGUUCGGUAUUGCUGGAUAUUCUACAUUCCGUGCACUAUCACAAGGCGAUUUAUUGGAGAACUACUGUUGGAAUGAUGAUCUGAUGAAUUUUUCGCGGGUGCUUUUCUCCAUUUCAAUUUUAUUGACUUUUCCAAUAGAGUGUUUUGUUUCUCGAGAGAUUGUACGCGCUUUUGUGCACCGCUUUGUAUUAAAAGAACCUAUUAGUGAGCUGACAUUAGACAAAGAUCCCAAUCUUGAGAAAGGCGCUGAUAUUGAUGAAUAUGGAAAAACCAUUACGUUGGCUAUAGUUUUCAGCGCUUUCCUCAUUUCGCCAUUAACUGAUUGUUUAGGAUCGGUACUAGAGUUAAAUGGACUUUUGGCAGCGAUCCCUUUGGCAUACAUUCUCCCUGGUCUAGCUUACAUACAAAUGGAAUCUCACUCUAUCUUCAGCCGCGAAAAAUUACCGGCACUCGGUCUGGUCGUCUUUGGAACCAUUGUAACAAUAAUGGGUGUGGUCGUACUCCUACCUGGACUUAUGGGAGAUUGUCGUGCUGAUGUCGUCAUGGAUUACUGUAAGCAAGAAUUUACAGAGAAUGGAAAAACAAAUUCUUCUACUGGCCACAAAUAAAAUAGUAAAUCAGGCCGUAUUCCAGGCAUCCACUUGUUAAAACAUACAUACAUAUUAGAAAUCGUUUUAAAUUACAAUUAAAACGGACGUAUGCACCUGUUAAAUAUGUGUUUACAGUUGAUUAGUAUGUACAUACAUACACGCGCUACAAUAAUGCAAAUAUGUUGUCGAAGUUGACGUGCAUAAAAUAUUUUUUAGGGAAAAUAUUAAGUUUAAGAAAUCAAAUUUAAAAACAGUUUGUUCAAAAGUCCAAUCGCGAUACUAGCGAUUCAAAAUAUAGCGUAAAGAUAAAUAGAUCUUGCAAAUUCGAUAAUUGUGAUUUCUGUUUAAGAUUUAAAAAAAAAUUAACACUGUAAAGAUGUAUACAUGGCUAACAA